ACCCCACCCACUUUCCUCUUGAUACAAAAGAUGCAGGUUAUGUAAGGUUAGGGUUUAUAUUUAUGUUGACAUUUGGCAAUAAAUAUUUUUAAAAUACAAAAAUAAAUCAAAAUUGCUCCUGGACGUCGUUGUAUACGUUGUAUAUUGAAAUUUAGCUGCCCCAGGAAACAAUCAUGCCGUUUACUGCAGAUGCAAUAGCAGCUCAGCAAGUGCAAGAGCGCUUAAAAGUUUUACAGCAACUUGUUCAUGAAACUGAGAAAAAAAGACAUCAGUGCGAGCACAGCAUUACUACCUUGCAGAAGUAUGCGAAUGAUGACAAAUCUGGGGGCCACAGUUUACAGAAAAUGAGGUCAUUAUACAAAUCUGCAAUAGCACAAUCAGAGCAAGAGGAAGAGGUGAUUCGUAGAGCUCUACAAAAAAUUACUGAGAUAAGAAACAUAAAAAAUGAGAGACGUUUACAGACAAGAUUUACAUCAAAUAAAGAAUCUAUUCGCAAAGGAAUGUGGAUGAAAAUGCUAUCCAGUUCUGCACAAACUUUACCUCUGUUUGUAAGCAAAAUUGGGGAAAAGCCACCUCCACUGUGUGGCGCAAUCCCAGCUGACUCUAACUAUGUAGCUAAGGUUGGGGAUAUGGUUGCAGCUCUGGUAAAAACCCAAGAUGAAGAGAACUGGAUUGUAGCAGAAGUUGUGAGCUACAAUUCAAGCACAAGCAAGUAUGAAGUUGAUGAUAUAUUGAAGGAACAAAACCAAAAAGUGAGAUACACUUUGAGUAGAAGGAGAGUUAUUCCUCUGCCUUUGAUGAGAGCCAAUCCUGAAACUGAUCCCCAGGCAUUGUUUCCUCAAGGGACACUAGUAAUGGCUUUGUUUCCUCAAACCACGUGUUUCUACAAGGCAGUAGUAAACAAACCACCUGCCACCUUCACUGACGAAUACGAGUUGCUAUUUGAGGACUCCACUUAUCCCGAGGGAUACAGUCCACCGCAUUAUGUCGUGCAACGAUACGUCAUCGCUUUCAAACAGAAAAACAAGCAGGCCAGUUGACAGUUGCUGUGUGAAGGAGACAUAUCUGAAAAUGAAGAAGAAAUGGUGACGUUUUUACAGAGCAGCUAGUUGUAUAAAUAUAAUUGAAAAUGACAUUUUUAUUAAAAAGUUUUUUUAUUUGGAGAUGUUUUCAGAACGCAUUAUCCAAAUAUUGGAAAGAAAACCAAUGUUGCAAAUACUCACUCCAGGUCUAUGACAGGCUGAAAUUAAUAUACUGUAUAUACACUACAGAGCGGGAAUGGUAAUUUUAUGCUAAGUAAAAACAGUAUUUCAAUCUUGAAUAUAGUCAUUAUUAUUUUCAAUGUUUGUAAGUUAGAAAAUCGGUAAAAAUCUGUUACAUUUCAUCCAAAUAGUAAUAACAAUUUGAUAUCAUUUCCAACUUAUGCAUAGCUUGCAAAUUCCAUAUAAACUAACAGGCAUAUAAAUAGCAUCACAGCUUACACAUAAACACUUGUAUUUAUAGUUAUAGAGUAAAUCACCUUAGGCUUUCUAUUUGAUUGAUAUGAGUAUAUUAUUCAAUAGCUUAGAUAUGUUUGUACAAUGCAUAUUUGAUCCCAGGCAAUAUAGUAAUGAAGUUGGAAAUGAUGUGCUAAAUGUAUUGUAAUGCUUAUUUAGCAGCUGAUUUUGAAACUGUGUUUGAAAUAAAGAACAUAUCCAAAUUAAUA